AUGGUGUGUGAUGGUUGGCGCCAGGCCAUGGGUGGAAUCUACAAUCUUCUUUGGCAUAUCUACAAACAGAUCACCUCCAGUCUCAUGGGGGGAAUCUUCAGGCCAGACUCUCCAACAUCUUCGAGUUGCCAAAAAACACGUCCAGUCAUCGCUCACACCGUUUCGAGCCUUGCCAUGUCGGCCGUCUUUGGCGUUCUCACUUGGCUGGGUUCAAAAGAAACCUUCGUGGAAAACGGCCGACGUAGCGAUGAUUGGAACUUGGACGAGCAUGGCUUUUGCUUGCUGGAGGAUAUGCCCAUGCCAGUGGCAGAGAAAGACCUAGUCCAGCAUGCGGGGUUCGAGUGCCGUGGGCGGCCCGUGCUGUUUGGAUUUGAGGGUGAUGCACCUACGCUGCUCACCCCAGAAGCACGAGAGGCCUCCUUCGGCCUGGAUCAGUGGCUGGUCUACUACAAGCAUGUCGCCACAGCAGCCAAGAAGGUCAUUCCGGAGGCCGAAUAUGUGAUCCUUUCGGGGCACUCGACGUUCUGUGCUGAGCUCUCACCACUGAGGCAGGUGGCUUUUGCACUGCGCUCCUGCUUUCUGGGGGCCAUGCGAUUACUGGGCAAAGAGGAGACACCUCCCAUGGGUGCUAUGCCGGAUUUUAUCCAUGCAGACCACACGGUAGAGCAGGGUGCACGUCUCUUGUCCACGGCCCUGGAAAGUUUUGGCGGCCUGAACUUCACUGGACGACGAGUUCUUUCAGUGAACUUUUGGAGGAAUGCCAGAGCAAAAGCUCUCAUCAAGAACCACCACAUGGCUGUCGUCAACGCGCAGACGAUCUCGGAUGAGGAGCUUCAAGCAUCCAAGUUUACCAACUACAAGAUGGGUGGCUUAGAACAAUACCACCUCACUCGCUUGAGCUCUAAGCAGAGAUUGGUCUAUUUCCCUGACAUGCAGAACAGCGAGAUUCUUGUUUUCAAGCAAGGGGCUUAUGAUGUCUCUGAGGCGAACGUGACACCCUUAGCCGAGCCACACAAGCAUCAUAUUCUCCAUACAGCCUUCUUGGAUCCAACGGCGCCAAGGGGUGCAAUUCCAAGAAAAGCCAUUUGUUGUCCAGGUGUUUUGGUGGUUUUGAAGAAAUGA